AUGAUUGCGUUUUAUUUGGGGAAGCAACUGGAAAAGGAGCAGAAGCUUUUGAAAAAGUCAUCAAAGAAUAUGAAAUCUGUUCAGGGCAAUGCAUCAAUUACAGAAAGUCAAAGGUUUUGCUUUAGCAACAAUACCUCGGAUAUAAGUCGACUAUCUAUUUCAAACAGGUUGGGGGUUGAAUGGUCAAAUAAUGGUGAAAAAUUCCUGGGUUUACCGAAUAUGAUCAGGAGGAAAAAAAGGUCUGCGUUUCAACAUCUCAAAGAUCGCAUAAAAAUGAAAAUAGAUGGCUGGAGUACACGAUUUUUGUCUCAGGGAGGAAAAGCAAUUUUUAUUAAAGCAGUUUUGCAAGCUAUUCCAACAUAUACAAUGGGGUGUUUUCUAUUACCAAAAUCAGUUUGUAAGGAUAUGGAACAAAUUAUAGCCAAAUUUUGGUGGCAAAAAGGCAAAGGAAAGAGGGGAAUACAUUGGUGUUCAUGGAGCAAUCUUUGCGAAUUGAAGGAGUUCGGUGGUCUGGGAUUUCGUAAUUUUGCUAAAUUCAAUUUGUCACUCCUUGCUAAGCAAGGAUGGAGGUUAAUUGAAAACCCGAAAUCUCUUUUAGCACAAACUUUAAGAGCAAAAUAUUUUCCAAAUUCUGAUUUUUUAAAUUCAGAGCUAGGAAACUCACCCUCAUAUACCUUGAAAAGUAUUUGGGCAGCAAAGGGACUUUUGAAAUCAGGAUUAGUUUGGAGGGUUGGUAACGGGCAUAACAUUAGAAUUGAAGCUGAUGUGUAG